CGGGAGGAGGCAAUGGUCAACCCCUCCUGUAUCCUACCAAAGACAACCACAGGGCUCUGUGGGUGCCAGGAGUCGAAACCGACUUGACGGCACGCUUUACCUUAAACAGAAAAAGCCCCAGGACUCCUUGAGUGGUGCUGAGGCCUUGUUUUCUGUGGCUCGCUGCAAGUGAAGUUCAAAUGGAGGUUCCCACCAGAUGUCUGUGGGGAGCCCACAGGCAAGAGAUGGGCAUGCCACCUUUCCUGCUGUUACUCCCCUGCAACUCAGAGGCAUCCUGCCUUUGAGGCUGGAGGUGGCCUAUAGCUUCUCAGACUAGUAGCCGUUGAUAGGCCUCUCCUCCAUGACGUUAUCCAAACCCCUCUUCAAGCCAUCCAGGUUGUUGGCUGCCACCACAUCCUGUGGCGGAGAAUUCCACAAGGUCAUUUUCAAUAACUGUAUUCUGCGUCUCCAGCAAGCAAAUUUAAAUUCAAAACAGCAGAGAUUUUGCGUAGAUCCGUGUGCCUCACCCUGCCGCAGCUCUAUUGACCAACCUCAGGUUAAGAACCCCUGACUUAGAGGAACUUUGGGGUUUAAUCCUCAUUAAAUUGCAAAGAGCACAAAGGUGGGAGGGAUAACAAAGGCCUCAGAACACCACAUGAAACGACUUUGGUAAAAUUGAAAACUGAACUGAGACAAAAUUAAAUUCAACAGAGACAAAUGCAAAGUUCUGCACUAGGCAAUUUUUUAAAAAAAAAAACAACCAAAUGCACAGGUGUGGGAGGGGGAUACUUGGCUUGGCAGUACUACAUGAUUUUGGGACUUUGGAAGGAUAGUGCAUUUUGACUAAAGGAAAUAUGGAUAAUUCAGGGGGUUCUCAAACUUGGGAGCCCAGGUGUUGGACUACAGCUCCCACCAAUGGCCUUUGGCCAUUGCGACUGGGGCUGAUGGGAGUUGUAGUCCAGCAACAUCUGGGGACCUAAGUUUAAUAACCCCUGUGAUGACUGCUGAGACAGUAAUCCCCCACUCCAUUUACAGAGCAAAAUUCCCCUGCAACGCCAGAACGCCUCGUAAAGCGUAUCGAGGGACAAAGGACUACACCUCCCAGAAUGCACAGCGAGACGAAGCCUGAGCGCCGCGGCCGCCAAGACUAGACUCCCAGGGUGCACUGGGGUUGUCUGGCAAAAACAAGAGCCAAGGGAAGGGACCUUCCCGGCAUGCUGUUUGCCCGCGCAGGACUCUGACUCCCAGGAUCCUUUGCGCGCGCUUCAUGGCUGCGAGGGCUGCCGCAGCGCAUUCAAAUCUGAGAGUUGGCGAGAGCCUCCGUUGGCCAUGGGGCUGAAGGGCGCCCAGAAGGCCCUCUUCCCCCUACGCUCCGUGCCGGAUGUCGUGCGCCUCUUUGAACUGGAGCUUCGCCGGGAGCAGCCGGACCUGGUGCUGCUCUCGCUCGUCCUGGGCUUCGUGGAACAUUUCCUGGCCGUCAACCGCGUCCUGCCCACCAACGUCCCUGGCAUCAGCUUCGAGCCGGCUCAGGGUCCUGAUAGCCUGACCUAUUUCCCAGUAGCCGACCUCAGCAUCAUUGGGGCCCUGCACGCCCGGUUCACUGCCCAGAUCCGCGGGGCCGUCGACCUCUCGCUCUACCCCCGGCCUGAUGGUUACUCCUCCCGGGAGCUGGUCAAGAAAGUAUCGGACGUCAUCUGGAACAGCCUCAGCCGCUCCUACUUCAAGGACCGGGCACACAUCCAGUCGCUCUUCAGUUUCAUCACAGGCACGAAGCUAGACAGCUCUGGCGUGGCCUUUGCCGUGGUUGGGGCCUGUCAGGCACUGGGCCUGCUGGACGUGCACCUGGCCCUCUCCGAGGACCACGCCUGGGUGGUCUUUGGCAAGGACGGCGAGCAGACGGCGGAGGUGACGUGGCACGGCAAGGGCAAUGAGGACCGGCGGGGCCAGACGGUCAACUCUGGCGUGGCGGAGCGGAGCUGGCUGUACUUGAAGGGCUCCUACCUGUGCUGCACCCGGCAGAUGGAGGUGGCCUUCAUGGUGUGUGCCAUCAAUCCCUCCAUCGACCUUCACUCCGACAGCUUGGAACUCCUGCAGCUGCAACAGAAGCUGCUCUGGGUUCUCUAUGACUUGGGCCACCUGGAGAGGUACCCGAUGGCUUUGGGGAACCUGGCUGACCUAGAGGAACUUGAGCCCACCCCUGGCCGGCCUGACCCCCUCUUCAUCUACCAUCAGGGGAUCAGUUCCACCAAGCAGUACUACCACAACGAGCAUAUCUACCCGUACAUGUACGUGGCCGGCUACCACUGCCGUAACAAAAACGUCAAGGAAGCCCUGGAGGCCUGGGCUGACUCGGCCACGGUUAUCCAAGAUUAUAAUUAUUGCCGGGAAGACGAGGAGAUCUACAAGGAGUUCUUUGACGUGGCCAACGACGUGAUUCCCAACUUGCUGAAAGAGGUGGCCAGCCUCACUGACCUAGCGGAGGAAAAGGGAGCUGGCGAGAGAGGAGAGGCCUCUCCGUUCCAGGCAGGCGGCUCUGCCCUGCAGGACCCGGAGUGCUUUGCCCACCUCCUGCGCUUCUACGACGGGAUCUGCAAGUGGGAAGAAGGCAGCCCCACCCCUGUCCUCCACGUGGGCUGGGCCACCUUCCUGGUGCAGUCGCUGAGCCGCUUUGACGGGACGGUGCGGCAAAAGGUGACCCUAGUGAGCCGAGACGUGGACGGCGGCGACGACGACGACCAGGGCAGCGAAGACCCGCGGGAGGGGCGCCGCCGGGGUCCCCGCCGGGAGUCCAAGCCCGAGGAGCCCCCCUUGCCCAAGAAGGUGGCGGAGCGCCGGCGUCCCAGCUCGGGCCAGCGGCUGGACAAGCUCCCCCUGGAGAAGGAGGAGGGCCCCAGCAGCGGCCCCAGCCCGCCCCCCGAGGGGCCCCUCCUCACCUUCCAGAGCGAGAAGAUGAAGGGCAUGAAGGAGCUGCUGGUGGCCGCCAAGAUCAACUCCAGCGCCAUCAAGCUCCAGCUGACGGCUCAGUCGCAGGUGCAGCUGAAGAAGCAGAAGGUCUCGGCCCCCCGCGACUACACCCUCUCCUUCCUCAAGCGGCCCCGCAAGUCCCUCUGAGCCGCCACGCCCUCCCGCCCUCGUCCCCCAGACCCAGCUCGGUAACUGGGUCCAGCCUGCCUGUUGCUCCGCUCGAUAGACUAGAGUUACUCUUGCUUGCCGUCCGGAGCCUUGUUGGGAACGGGUCCCGGGUUCGAAUCUCCUUGGAGCCGAGUAGCACUGGUUGAAGUGCUCAGUUCUCUCUUUUCUUUUCUUUUUUUUUUUGCCGGGGGUUUGGGGGAGAGAAGACUGUGAAAGAGAAGCCAUGCUAAGCAAUGGGCUUAGCUGGGCGGGUCACUGUUCCCUGUAACAGGGAUUUCCAGAGGUUUUUGACUACGACUCCCAUCAUCCCCAGCUGUGGUGGGCUUUUUACACCAGCGAACACUGUUGGGAGUGGGGGGGCGUCUUUGCUUUCGCUUCCUCUGCUGAAAUGCCUGCAAUUAGGGGAGGCAGGUUAACAUUUGUACUGACAUGGAUUUCUUGUUCGUUGGUGGGUUUUUUUAAAAAAAACGAAAAAUGAAAAAAUAAACUGGAGAUUUUUCUUUCUUUUCUUAAA